AUGGAGAAGCCGACGAAUGCCAAAGGAGAAACUACCUCAAAUUCUAUCAAUGCUCCGUUCAAGCCACGAGUAUUUGUGGAUGAAGCCACUCACAAGUUCAACGAACAUGCUCUUACUAUUGUUAAGAAGCUUUCAAACAAAACCAAAACUUUGAUUCAGAAAGUGACAUAUGAAGCAAUGAAAGCUGUGAAUGUGGCUCAAUUUGAAGGGCCACGGGAAUUUGUGGAAUAUGUUGCUACAGAAUCUAAGAAUUUGCUGCUAAUAAAUUCAAUGAAGUUGUGGGAUGGACUCAACAAAUUUCCAUCUUUACAUGCAGCUACAAAAAUGGUGAUUCCCACCUCCGCUCACUGGUCUAAGAAAUACAACCAUGUAAUCAAGGCCAUGGAUGAAAAGGUCUAUAAGUUUGUUGGUGAUUUGCCUUUGAUACAUAUUGAUGAUAUAUCUAAAGCAUUUAAGCAAUGGAAAGUUAACUUAAAAGGAGAUGGAGUUUCACUGGAAAAGAAAUUAGAAUAA